CCCGUGCCCGAAUUCAGUGUUCCGUUAACGGUCGUAACGGUUAGCCGGAUUUGAAUCCACUGUGAAUCUCGUUUUCUCUUCAUAUUUUUUUUUUUUCCAUAUAGUCUUUUCUUCUCCGUUGGCGUCGUGGCUGGAUUUACGUUUCUUCCAAAUUACCAAGGAAGGCGACGGAAUGCUGAAUCUGGCCCCGUGGCUGUGCCUAGCCCUGUUGGCGACAGCACAGAGACACAGAUUUAACAACCGCCAUGGAGUCAUUUUGAAACCUGAAGACGACACCGAGCUGGACCGAGGUAACUGCAAUGACAUCCCGAGACAUAUUCACAACGCGAGGACAAGAGUUUUCUCUUUUAGACCCGACCACCACGCGGUGGCCAAGUGCAUCCCUCACCACCGCACAGCCAUCAACACCACUUCAAUGACCUUGACUUGCGUGCGUGACAAGUGGCAUAUCCUCAACUUUCCCAAGGGAAUGUCCGUGUCAUGCCGUCCAUGGUGUGACCCAAGCUGUCACCACGGAGUGUGCAAAGUCAUGGCAAACGGCCAGGGGACUUAUUGCAAGUGUUCCCCGCUGUAUACCGGAAAGACCUGCGCGGACCUCGGGUGUCGAACUCUGCCGCUGGUGACGAGGGGGGACGUGCGCUGGCUCAGGCCGAGCGACCACGCGAAAUGGCACCCGGGAUGCGAGACAAUGGCGUGUGGGCAGAAGGCGGUGGGCACGUGCUGGCGAGGGGGCUUCUUCAACGUGCCCGGCUUGGACGCUGCUCUCCAGGGCGCCCCGAGGCCUACGGUGGCCUCCUUCUCGUGCGUGGACGGCCAGUGGAGGUUCGAAGUGCCAAACCGGAAUGUCCUUCUGCCGUUUGAUGUGGCAACGUGCGAGUACGAGUGCCACCCCCCGUGCCAAAACGGCGGCAUCUGCACCCUCACGCGCCACGGCCACGAGGAGUGCUACUGUGCCAAGGGCUUCGCUGGACCGCAGUGCCAGUAUCGGAAAUGCGGUGAUCUGAUUCUCCCCGACGGGAGCCUGACCAGCGCAGGAAGCCUUGGCUACGCGGCGAUCGUGCGGAAGGACUGCCCGACGGGCUACAUCCACACGAGCACGGGCAACAACACGUAUGUGGAGAGGUGUGUGGAUGGCAUCUGGGUGUCGCCUGAGGGCCUGUGCGUGCCCGUGUGCGACCCGCCCUGCCAGAACGGGGGUACGUGCGCGUCGCCCCACUUCUGCGUGUGUCCUUCGGGCUUUUCGGGCGCCCUCUGCGAGCACCUGUCGUGUGUGAAUGCCUUGACGCCCACGAUCACCAACGCCGUCUAUAUCAACGAAGGCCACUCUCUGACGCUCGAGUGCCAGCCUGGCUUUCGGUUCCCUUCGGGCGAGCAGCGUCUAACCUUCGAGUGUCUGCACGGCCAGUGGGACUUCGAGACCCGGCCGCCUCAGCCUUGCGUCCCGGACUGCUCUCAGGCCCCUUGUCUCCACGGCGGCACGUGCACGGCGCCCAACAAGUGCAGGUGUACGGCGCACUUCACGGGGGACCAGUGUGAGCAUGAGAUGUGCAUUAACCCCCCCAAGCUUGUCUGCGAUGGCGUGGGGAACUUCAGCUCCGCCUCGUACCUGGAGUACCGCAUCGACUGCGAACUGGGCCAUCGGCUCCUGAACGGGAAGACCUACACGCGCGCCUCCUGCAGGGACGGCGUGUGGGACUUCGAGCCCGCUUUCCGGUCGACGAUCAGGAUGCGGUGCCGACCCGUCUGCUCACCGCCCUGCGUCAACGGCGGCCGCUGCGUCGACCAGAACACGUGUCAGUGCCCCGAGGGAUUCGUGGGGACUCACUGCGAGAGACGCUACGAGAUGACGGUCGAGAGCGACGUCCUGUGCGAGUUCCCCUUCCGCUACGAGAACAAGUGGUACUUCGCCUGCACGACCGUCGACUACCCGCUGCCCUGGUGCGCGACGAAGACCCUCGUUGACGGGACCUUCGCGGCCUGGUCCGUCUGCAUCGCCGACUUCGGGAGCGUGCGCGUGACAGCCACUCACGGCGGCGGCCUGUGCCAGUUCCCCUUCCUCGAGGGGAGCCACGUCUUCAGCGCCUGCACCACCCUGGGGCAGAGGCGGCCCUGGUGUGCCACUGCGCUCCACCCCAAUGGCACUGCGAAGGCGACCGACCUGUGCCAUGGAGUCACGUAUGGGGCCCCUGCAUCCACACCUCUGAGUUCCCCAACGUCCAACAAGUCAUUCACACCGUCCGAACACCCUCCUCCGUCCUCUCUAACUUAG